AUGUCCGAACGCGACGCGCCAUCCUCAAGCUCGCCUGUGAGCGGCGAGGGCAGCUCCGCCGAACUCGUGGCCGUCGUCGACGACCUAAUCAACCAGCUCUCAUCCAAGUUCACCAACAUCUCCAAGGAGCUGCUAGAGAAGAUGGAUGACAUGAGCCGCCGUCUCGACGCACUCGAAACCACCAUCCAGACAGGAGCCGAGCCGAAGAGCGACGGUGACGACAAGUGA